GGCGUGUAGUUCAGUUGUGAGCACGCAAACGUGCUGCAGGGACUGCAGGUGUACCUCCUCGGGCUUGCGUACCCUUUCCUUGCUAAUAGUGUGUGUGUUCUGUAGAUCUUCUGAUGGCUCUAGCAUUUUUGUGACCACGGACCGAGUCUUUGCUAGAUUUUGGGAUUAGCAACUGACACGAGUUUAAUGCGAAGAAAAAUAACAACAACAAAAAGGCCAGGAGCGGAAGCGCGAGGAAAGCCCACUUUGCAAGAAAAGCUCGCUUACGCCGGGAUUCGAACCCCUGACCUGACCUGUAGGGGGUUUCGAGAUUAUCAACUGGACCACCGGGGCGGGACCCCAUGUGGCGUAACUGAAAAUGUCACCGGGGUUUGUUAUCUCAUGUAA